AUGAGUUCUACCCGUCCCUUAUCUGUGAUGAGCUACAUAGUUUUGUUGCAGAAGAAGUUAAAAGAAGAAGAAACAAAAAGGGAGAAAAAUCUGAAACAAGGAAAGAAAAGGUUAUUCACUUCUACGGAAGAUCAAUUAUUAAAAAUUCUCGUAAACAUAUUUGGAGAUAAACGUUGGAAUGAAAUCGCUUCAUUUAUACCUGGAAAAACGAACAGACAAUGCAGAGAAAGAUAUAAAAUUUAUUUGGCUCCUGGAAUUAAUCGUGAAGAAUGGACUAAAGAAGAUGAUGAUAAACUAAUUUACUAUAUCAGUCAACAUGGGCCGAAAUGGUCUGCACUUACCAAAUAUUUUCCUGGACGUACAGCAAAUUCGCUUAAAAAUAGAUAUAAUGUUCAUAUAAAUCCAAUUGAUCGAAAUCGGCGUGGAAAGUCAUCUUCGUCCACUGAUGAUUCCAUAAUUCUACCUGGAAAUGAUUUAUCUGAAUUUGCAUGUCUUGAAUUACCAAUUGAUGACCAGUUACAAUUUACAAAUGAAUUCGUGGACAAUUUCACUACAGAAAUUAAUCAAUUAAUUUAA